CCUGGACAGCCUGGUAUGCAAGGUGCCCCUGGUUACCCAGGUCAGAAGGGUAUGAACGGUAUUCCUGGAGUACCUGGAAGCAAAGGUGACGCUGGACUGCCUGGAUUACCAGGUCAACAAGGAAUGAAGGGUAAUGCUGGUCUUCCUGGAAUGCCUGGACUACCCGGAAUGAAGGGAAAUGCUGGUCUACCGGGACCACCUGGAAAAGACGGAUACCCUGGACUUCCUGGCAUGAAAGGAGACAGAGGAUUUGCUGGAAUACCAGGAGAAAAAGGAGAACCUGGACCUGCUGCUGCUGACGGAGCUAAGGGAGAGCAAGGAUUGCCUGGCCAACCUGGUCUUCGCGGUCCUCAGGGUCCCCCUGGCUUACCUGGUAUCCCUGGUGCGAAGGGAGAGUCCGGAUUGCCUGGAUAUGGACAACCAGGUAUUCCUGGCGAAAAAGGUAUACCUGGCGUACCUGGAAAAGCAGGGCGACCUGGACCUCCUGGACCUCCAGGACAAGACGGUCUGCCUGGCUUCCCUGGUCUUAAAGGUGAACCGGGCUACCCUGGACAAGGUGGUGCUGCAGGCAAAGACGGACUACCUGGCUUACCAGGCAUGAAGGGCGAGACUGGAGCACCUGGUGCUCCUGGACAACCUGGCGCUCCUGGACUUCAGGGCGCCCCAGGUGUACCUGGAAUCAGAGGAGAAAAAGGAAAUGCUGGCUUGCCUGGCUUACCAGGAGAUCGUGGCCUUGAUGGAAUGCCUGGCAUGAAGGGAGAUGCAGGAUAUCCUGGACAACCUGGUUUACCUGGCGCCCCUGGUCCUAAAGGAAAUGCUGGAGCUCCAGGCUUCCCUGGACUCAAAGGAAGUGCUGGCUUACCUGGACAGGAAGGACUCCCUGGUUUGCCUGGAAUGAAGGGAGAUGCCGGAUACGCUGGACAACCGGGUCGUGAUGGAGCGCCUGGACUUCCUGGUGAAAAAGGAGCCGCUGGUUUGCCUGGCUUGCCAGGACCA